AUGAAUUUUUCCUGUUCUCUUGGAACCAUCUAUCCAUCUCCAGUGAUGAUGAAAUCGAGCAAUCCUCUUCUUCCAGCUUCUAUCAUUGAUUUGGAGUGGAAUAUAUUAUGUAAAGAUGGUAAUCUCUUAGAUACACGUACUUUGGCACUGGUAGAUGAUAUUUUAAUUACUAAAUAUUCAUUUCAAUAUGACUCUAGUUUAACAACCCCAAAGGUUACUUUCACUCUUUUAAGUUCAUCUAAUGCUUUUGGUGAUCUAAUCUCCAGUCCAACAACGAGUGAAGUUCUCAUUGGUUCAGGACAAAAGAUUGAAGCUACCAUAAGAGCACCAAUCAACUACCAAUUCAAUUCGAUAACUUUUCAAGCUUAUAGUAAAGCUUCGAUUGAUAUCAAUGGUUUGAAAUCAAACAUUAUUGAUAUACAAGGAUGUACAACCGAUAUAUCAUCUCCAAUUAAAUUGACAAAUUUAAUCAGUAAUCAGCUGACCAUUUGUAGCAAAUCUAGUGUUACUAUAUCUGGAUUCCAAUUUUCUGCUACCACUGGUAAUAUCAAUAUUAAUAGUGAUCAAAAUGUUGAACUCAGUUUCCUCUAUCCUUAUGUUGGUAGUAUCAGUGGCUCUACUUCAUCGUCGCUGACACCAGUCAUCAACGGACUAUGCUCACUGAAUGCACCGGUUGUUGCAAACAACAAGAAGACUAUCCAAGGAACCUGUGGAUCUGGUGGAUCGAGUAGUGUACAAGUUACAGGUUUGACAGGUGUCAAUAUCGUAUCACCAACCAGCAGUGGUUCAUGUCCAACUCUCUCCACCUGGCGAGAUCCAGAGCCAUCGUUUGCCGCACCAACAUCACCAGCCAUUCCCAACAAUAUUCCACAAUUUACAAUCAACUAUCCAGCUAAUAUUGCAUCGUUUGCAAUGCUGUCGACUUAUCGCUCCGACACUUCAUCGAUUUCCAAUGGAUCUGGUAAUAACGUCGGUGGAGUAUCAGUUGCAAACGCCUUGCGUGCCAAGUUUGGUGGUCCAUCGGAAUUCCAUGUUGCUUCCAUUCGUGGAAAUAAAUUCUUUAGAGCCGGCCAAACCUAUCAGUUCAACUUCAAGUCGCUACUUGGUCAGGCACCAACUUCCAGUAUUCCAUUCGUUGGUUUUAAUCUAUGUAUUUACGAUGGACUAGAGGUAGAUGCCAAUAGAAUAUACUUGGAACUAAAUCCAAGUGAAUUGGUUGCUUGUUAUCCUGUAAGUGGAUCGCUCACCUCCACCACCAGUUGGACAAACUUCCAAGUGUCAUUUACCAUUCCAACAACCAAAGAUAUUGUAAAGGGUUCGAUUGGUCUACACGUAAAGUUUACCUACGUCUAUCCAAAUGACCAAAUCUUCUUCCUUAAGGAUUUAGACUUGGUUAUUCCAUCUCGAUCUACAACCACACCACCAACAUUGUUAACCAGCGAUAGUGAACUAGUUACUCUUCGUAAACCACCAACUACACUCACCCCACAAAAUAGAGCCAACUGUCCUCAUUUACAAAACGAUCUAGUACAUUGGCAUGAUCCGAGCACAUGGGGUGGAGCCGUUCCAUCUCCAUCGUCAGUGAUCACUCUACCAGCCAAUAAGAAAGUUUUGAUCUCCUCGUGUUCCAUCUCUGAUAGCUCUGUCAUCUUUAACAAGAUUAUAGUUCCACCAACCAGUGAACUAAUCUUUUCAGAUUCACCAAUUCAACUUAAUAUCAAAGACCUCUAUGUUCAAGGAAAGCUGCUUAUUGGUUCCAAAGACUGUAGAAUUCAUUCCAAUAUACAAAUUACCUUCCAUGGUGCCAGAACAACUACUGAUACCAUUGCUACUGGACUUGGUAGUAAGGGUAUUGCUGUUGCAAGCAGUGGAUUCAUUUCUAUCCAAGGUAAACAAUACAAGUCUACUUGGACUAGAUUAGCUGCCACUGCCUAUCCAGACGAAUCGAUCAUUUAUGUACAAGAUUCAAUCAAUUGGGAAGUUGGACAAAAAGUAUUGAUUACAUCAUCCCGCUACCAUAACGAUGCCCAAGAAGAAACAGAAAACGAAGUAUUAACCAUCGCUGCAAUUCAAGGUAAAGUCAUUCAAUUCACCACACCUGUACAAUUCUAUCAUUAUGCUGGACUGGAAUACCAAGCUGAAGUUGCCUUACUCUCAAGAAGAAUUUCUAUAAGAGGUGCAAGUGACUCUGAUACCGAAUCUUUUGGUGGUCAUAUUCUUACGAUGGGUAACGGUCAAUUCUCUGGUUUGGAACUAACCAAGAUGGGACAACUCAAUAUGCGUGGUCGUUAUCCUCUCCAUUUCCAUUUGGCAAAUCACGUUACCAAUAGUUAUAUCAGUGAUUGUUCAGUUUAUAACAGUUAUUACCGUUGCUACACUAUUCAUGGUACACACGAUCUUCUCCUCACUGAAAAUGUUGCUUACAAUGUCAAAGGUCAUUGUUACUACAUUGAAGAUGGAAUUGAAGAGAACAACACCAUUUCCUAUAACUUGGCUUCCAAAGUAGCAACAGUCGGUCCUGGUGCUGCCGGUAGUGGUCAAGGUGGUGAAACAUUCGUAGAAAGUGAAACUCUUCGUCAGCCUGCAGAUUCUAGUUCAUCUGGAUUCUAUAUUACCAAUGCCUACAAUAGAAUUAUUGGUAACAGUGCAAGCUCUGCCUGGGCAUCGUAUGCAUUUGUAAAGCUUCCAAACUCUGUCGGUGCAUUUAAAGAUCAAGUAUUCGACCCAUCGUCAAGACCAAACUUGGAAUUCGAUGGUAAUACAGCUCAUUCCAUUGUAUCAACAUUUUAUUUCGGUGCUUGUGUUUAUGUAGGAGGUAAACUUUAUUAUGAACCAGGUGAUAGCAGAUUAUAUUAUAUGUCUGGAAGAGAUGAACGUGAGACAACCGAUGUCAAUGGUAAUCCAGUUUGGAUGAAGUUUACCAAUACCAAAUCCUAUCUUUGUUCCGAUGGAAUAAGUCACUGGGGUAAUAGAGUUGAUAUCGAGAAAUACGAAUCCCAUGACAACCAUCGAUCGGCAACAGUUUUCGGUUCUUCAUCAAUCCGAUUCGCGCUUGUCAAUGGUAGAACACCAAACACUAUGCAUCCAUGGAGAUUGAAUAGUCUUCACAUGGUCCAAGGAUUCCAGUUCUACGAUACCUGGACACAAACCAUUCUCACCGAUGUAAACUUUAGAAACUUUAUUAGAAAUCCAUAUUAUAACGAUCAAACAGAUUAUCCACAGUAUCAAGACAACAGAAUAUUCGUAUCAAUGACUCACUCCACUUAUUAUAAACCACAAGGUAUUUCCGUGGUGAGGAACAUUACAUACAGUGGUGGCCAACCAACCUCUCAAAUCAUUGGACAUACCGUACAAGAGACUGACUCCAGUCGUUAUUUCAACUUGAUCGAUUCGGAUGGAACCGCAACCCAGAGAUCAGGAACUCCAACUAUCGUAGGUAGCCAUUUAGACUGGUGGAGAUUUGAUAAUACCUGCCAAUUCCAAUCCGACUGGAGAACCUGGUAUUGCAACAAAGGAUCACGUGAGAUUGGAAACAUCGAUCUUCUUGUUCCGGGUCUCAUUGAUCAAUGGGCUUUAAAUGAUAAUAUCGUUGGUUAUUCUCAUUUGUUUGGUCCAAACAUCCCAUCCACUCCAAGACGUUCAUCAAUUGUAAGUGGUAAUGCCGGUAUCACUGGUGUCACCGGAAUCGGUUGGUAUGUCUACUUCACCACACUUGGCGGUCCUUCCUCAUUUGAUAUUCAUACACGUAUGAUCCCAUAUGGUCAGUACAUCAUUCUAGCUCUCAAAUAUCCAGCAGGUACUACCUUCACUGGUCGCACUACCUAUGAGUGGUCAACUCCGCAACAGAGAUCCGUCCUCUCAAGUGUUUCAAACUUUGCGUCAGUACUAAAUGGCAAUGGUAACCAGUAUUAUUUCGAUGGAAAUCACCUCUACUUGAAACUUGUAAAUCAAAUGCUAACUGGUAACCAAGCUGAAGAACAAUUCCAAAGAGGUGGAGCAAGACUCUUCAACAUCUUCACAGGAUUCAGAUACCAUGUGAUUGCAACUUGUCCAAGCAACAAUUGUCAAUCGGCUGACACAAUGCCAAAUAAAUGGGUUUAA